GCUCACCCCACCACCGCUGCCCACGUGUCGGCGAAGCUACCGCGCUGUGCUGAACACUCCGCCUGCAUUACAUCUACACCACCACCAACAUGACGCAGCAUUCGCCAGAGAUCCACUCGCCUUCGUCACACCCUCAGCGGCCCAAGGGCAUCCUCAAGAAUUCGAGCUCGUACCGCGCACAGUCCUCUGUGUCUCCCACGAGCGAGGUGGCCCCAGCGCCGCUCGGCCAGACAAUUUCUAACGAGCGACCUGGCAUCGGCCGUGAGCUGUCUGAGAAAGAAAUCGUCCUGGAGAACACUCUGCGCAAUGCUGGCCCCCACCGUCGCUCAUCCUCGAACGCCCGCGGUCCCGGCUCCCGCCGCCAGUCUGGCACCAGCGUGCAGGCAGACGAGAACAGCCCCAAGUUGAAGUGGGACGAGGUCAACCUGUACCUCACCGAGCAACAGCGGGACAGCACCAUGAAAAUCACAGAGCCCAAGACACCCUACGCCAAGCAAUACGAUCCUGCCGAAGACGAGGAGGAGGUUGAGAUGCUGAACGCGGAGGACCUCAAGGUGGACGAGUUGGACAAGCCCAAGAAGCCCAAGACUAAGAUGGAAGAUAUCCCCGACUUUGACUUGGGCGAGCCGGAGCUGGAAGCCGCCGAGUCUCGUACUCCAGAGGGUGAGAGACGCGUCAUCGUAGAGCCUGAUGCUCCAGGAGAAGCCGGACACCACGACGGGGAUGAGUUGGCGCACCUGACCCCAGAGGAACGGGAGAAGCACAUCAAAUUCGAGCAGCUGCGGAAGAAGCACUACGAGAUGAGGAACGUCAAGGAUCUUCUUGGACACCCCGAGGCUAUGGACGAGGACGAGGACGACCAAGCUGGUCAGGUGCCGCCUAUGCCUAACGGCAAGUAGUGGCGGACUCUCUCUUUACGGCCUAACGAUUUAUUAUACCAGCUGCGUUUUCCAGCGUCUCAUCAUUGGAAGGAGUUAGAAUAUGGAGUGAGGGUGUUCAUGGGAUGCCGUCAAGUACACCCACCUUCGCUUAGUCUUUAAGUUCUAGCUUAGUUCCAUCAAGGACAUGAUUCGGAUUCGAAUUACUUCCCUGUGACAUGCUACUGAGCUUCAUUUAGCAAGCGGAAGAUGGUGAUGAUUGACUACCUUCAGUUUUGAUCUUCGUGACCACUUCGUUGAAUAAUAA